AUGAUGCACCAUCUUGAUUACGCGAACGGGCACCAUCGGCACAGUGACGGUGGGCCGCCGGGAGUUAUGCUGCACGAGUCUUCCUACACCAAUCUCGUCGGCAGCAUGCCGACCAUGCCGGCCGACCUAAAUGGGACGGAUUUUCUACACCACUACGGUCCGGCGGCGGCAGCCAUCGACUACUGGAGUCCGGUUUCGUACAAAAAUGGCACCAAUCCGAUGAAGGCGAUGGAAGCCUGCCUGCAGAAUGCCAACAAGGGUCAGUACAACCCGCUGGAACAAGUGGAACAGCUGAGCAUCAGUUGCGACAGCGAGCAGUCCUCGCCGGUUCACGGUGGCCAUCCUCUGGCGGGCCCCAACCUCAACAGUCUCAAUCUGUCCGCCAGCCUGAACCUGAACCUGAACAACAAUAAUGACCUCAGCAGCAAUAAGAAUCUCCACGAACCGCUGGUAGCAGCGCGUCCGGCGAAAGCCACUCGGGCCGGAGAUGAAUUUGGUGGCGUCCGGACGAGAGCCUCCCGGAGACACACCAUCGGGUCGCAGAAUGCGUCUCCACGGGCGACCGACGGACAGCGGGUGUGUAUGGGCGAGGGUGAGCCGGACGAGACGGGUAGUCCGGAGGAGGAGGACGAAGGACAUCCCGGUGGUAGUGACGGCGAUACUUCUGGUGGUGGUGGUGAUGUUGGUGACGGCGCUAGUAGACGAGGGCGCCCAGCCCUGGCGGCGAACGGGCGAGAUUCUUCUACGGCCGGCGGUAAGGCGGUGGGGCCGUGUGCGGCGGCCGCGCGGAAGGUGGCGGCCACGGUCGAUCCGGAUAAGCCUUAUCAUCCGACGCUCGGCUCGGUGGUGGUGGUGCUCGAGGGCAAACACUUGUGGGACAAAUUUCACGAGCAGGGCACCGAGAUGAUAGUGACCAAGGCGGGCCGCCGCAUGUUCCCGACCUUCCAGGUGCGGGUGGAGGGGCUGAGCCUGGCCACCGAGUACCUCAUGAUCAUGGACUUUGUGCCGCUGGACGAUAAGCGCUACCGAUACGCGUUCCACACCUCCAGUUGGGUUGUGGCCGGAAAAGCGGACCCCAUUUCCCCGCCACGGAUCAGCGUCCAUCCCGACUCGCCGGCCACCGGUGCCACCUGGAUGAAGCAAACCAUCUCCUUCGACAAGCUGAAGCUCACCAACAACCAGCUGGACGAUAACGGGCACAUCAUCCUGAACUCGAUGCAUCGCUACCAGCCGCGGCUGCACGUGUGCUUCUACACGCGCAACGGCGUCAAGGACGAACGGGAUACGCUGACGCACCGAACGUUCGUCUUUCCCGAAACAUCCUUCACGGCGGUGACGGCCUACCAGAACCAACGGGUAACGCAGCUCAAGAUCGUCAGCAAUCCGUUCGCGAAAGGAUUCCGGGACAACGAAACCAACGAGGACUCCCAGGAACGAUCGGCUCCGGCCAUGAGCGAACGGUUGAAAAACGAGCGCAACUCCAGCUACAACAAGAAGGAUAGCGAAAUGGUUGAAGCAGUUUCGUCACUAGCGCCGACGACCGCUGGCGCCGUCAGUUCCUCCGUUCCUGGACCCGUGGUAGGCACCACCGUGCUUUCGAUGCAUCCAUCAGCACACCCAUCGGCCCUGCAUCAUCUGCAGCAUCACCUGCAGCAGCAUCAACAGCAUCAGCAACACCAGAGCCAUCUUCUGCACCAAUCACCCGGUAGCGGCUCCAGUAACGGCAGUAACGCGAGUAACGCCAGCAGCACCGGAAGCACCGAUAGUGGCGCCAAUCAUCAGCAUCAUCACUCGCAGAUGCUGGGCCAACCGUACGCAUCGGACCCGAGUGGCUUCGGUCCGAUCUACCAUCAUCAUCAUCACCACCAUCACCACAAUCCGCUCGGGGCGCCCACCUACAUGGCGCCGCAUCCGUCAUCGUUCGCCGACAAGUACAAACUGGCCACACCGUCGUCCUCGGCCUCCCCGCCACCACCUCCUCCGCCGCUGCCGCCACCCAACACACUCACGCCACCGGGGACCGCGUACACGGGCCACUAUCAGAGCUUCUACGCCACCGGCACCGCCCAUGCCGGACAUCCGGCCACGAUGGUCCAUGGCCGCAUGGCAACGGUAGCUUCGAUCGCCUGCCGGGACCGUCCGGACCACUCGUGGUAUCCUUAG